AUGACUUUUUAAAUUAUAUAAUAUCUUUUAAAUGAAGGAACUACCUACAUAUCAACAUAGAAGAUGCUAUUUAAGUUAUUAUACAAAAUUAAAAAUUCUUUAACAUUGACAACUAGUCAAGAUUCUGGAGUCUUAUAUAUUGCAGCAUAAGAUUCAGACAAUGAGGAUUUAUUAGUUAUUUUGGCUUACAAACCUAGAUAGCCUUUAAGAGAUUCUUUAGUGAGAGUCUUGACCUCAAAGAAAUAGACCUCUUUUAUUUUUGAUACCUAAUUAGCUGCUGCUGGAUUUAAGCAGUUGAUCUUCUUUUAGAAUGAUGGUGUCAAACACAAUAUGGGAUGGAUUGAUAAAAAUUUUUACUAUUAGAUUAUCCCUAUUUAUUAGACUAAUUAAUGGGUGAAUAAAUUCAGAUUAAAUUUAACAAUGUGGAAUCUAAAAUUGAAUCCAAGUGUAACAUUGAGCCAAGCUAUUGUUUUAUAUCAAACUAAAACUUAAAUCAAAAUUUUUAAUAAUACUUAAGAUGUUUUAAUUGAUGAAUGGAAAAAAUCUGGAUUUGCUCUAGUUAUGAAAGGAACAAUUGUAGACUAUUUAAUUAAAUGUUAAUAAUGUGGUUAUCGUAAAAACAUUGACUUAUUAUAGCCAUUAAGAUUAUAAGAUUUAUAGAAUGUAGUUGAUUAUUUUGUACUAUAAGACUAAAUAAAUUCAGAUUAGUUUUAAUAUCUAUAAAUAAUGAACAUUUUUGUUAAAAUUCUUUUACACACAAAGUAUUCUGGUUUAGGUUAAGGAGGAUAUCCCUACUUUUGGCAUUAACAGCAGAAGGAAAGCUUAGAAUUUACUAUUUUAUUCUAGCUCUAAUUUAGACCUUUUUAUUAUCUGAUAUGA